CAUUUUUCCGCUUCAUUUUCCUUUUCAUUUUGCCUGAAAAUUCACAUUUGACUGUUCGGUGAGCCUCCAGUUUCUGCGAAAUGGUGAUUUCUGUGGCCUCUCCGCCGAACUCCAUCGCGGAGAAGGUGUUUCAGAGGGUUGGAGCAUACUACCAUGGAAGUAACAGCCAGAGGAGGUGCGUUAAUUCCAAGGCUCCCAGCAGUAGUAGCAACGAGGAUGGUGACACCGGGAUGGAGCUCGUUCAGAUUGGAGCUGAAACCACCAAGAACGUCUUGAUUCUCAUGAGCGACACCGGCGGUGGCCACCGAGCUUCCGCCGAGGCCAUUCGUGACGCUUUUCAAAUAGAAUUUGGCGAUGGUUAUAGGAUAUUUGUGAAAGAUGUGUGUAAAGAGUACGCGGGGUGGCCAUUGAACGACUUGGAGAGAUCAUAUAAGUUUAUGGUUAAGCAUGUCCAGCUAUGGAAAGUUGCAUUUCACAGCACUUCUCCUAGAUGGAUUCACUCCAUGUAUCUAGCUGCCAUGGCUGCCUAUUAUGCCAAGGAAGUAGAGGCGGGACUGAUGGAGUACAAACCAGAUAUUAUAAUCAGUGUCCAUCCCUUGAUGCAGCAUAUUCCAUUAUUGGUUCUGAAGUGGCAAGGUUUGCAAAAGAAAGUGAUAUUUGUCACUGUGAUCACUGAUCUUAAUAGCUGCCAUCGGACUUGGUUUCACCCUGGGGUCAAUCGAUGUUACUGCCCAUCUCAGGAGGUUGCCAAGAGAGCUUUACAAGAUGGCCUUGAGGAGUCUCAAAUCCGAGUUUAUGGCUUACCCAUUAGGCCUUCUUUUGCCCGUGCAGUCCUCUCAAAGGAUCAAGUACGAGAAGAAUUUGGUAUGGAUCUUAGCUUGCCAGCAGUUCUACUGAUGGGAGGUGGUGAAGGAAUGGGUCCUGUCAAGGAAACUGCAAUGGCUCUGGGCGAGUCACUCUAUGAUAGAGAAGCCGAUAAAUCGAUUGGGCAGUUAAUAAUCAUUUGUGGUCGUAAUAAGACCUUAGCAUCUUCACUUCAAUCUCUAGAAUGGAAGAUUCCAGUGAAGGUUCGAGGAUUUGAGACUCAGAUGGAGAAAUGGAUGGGAGCCUGUGACUGCAUAAUAACAAAAGCUGGACCCGGUACAAUAGCAGAAGCAUUGAUCAGAGGGCUUCCCAUAAUACUGAAUGACUAUAUUCCUGGACAGGAGAAAGGUAAUGUACCUUAUGUGGUAGACAAUGGGGCUGGUGUUUUUACCAGAAGUCCCAAGGAAACAGCCAGAAUUGUAACAGAAUGGUUCAGUACAAAUUCAGAAGAGCUCAAAAGGAUGUCUGAGAAUGCUCUCAAGUUAGCACAGCCAGAGGCAGUUUUUGACAUAGUGAAGGACAUCCAUGAGCUUGCUCAGCAAAGAGGACCUCUGGCGAAUUUCCCUUACAAGUUGACCUCAUCAUUCACUGGCCUAUUCUAAUUCUUAUCUAGGGUUUGCUUCUUCUAGAUUAGUUUACCUCCCCUUCCUGUUAGAAUUAACUUGUACAGUUAGCUUCACAGUUUCAUUCUUUAGCCCAUUUGCCUGGCUUGUUCACUGAGCUAUAAAGUCUGAUGAACAAGCUCUGGUAUUAGGAAGAAUUGGGUUUUAUUUAUAAUGUGAUAAUGAUGUAUUAUCAGUGUCAGUCUAGUGGCCCUCUUCUUUACA